AUGGUUGGCGCCAAAGUUGGAGAUGAAUCUUUGUCAGCAGAAAUACCAGCACAUAAAAGGAGUGUGGUUUCAUGGUCAAGUUAGUUUUUCUAAAAAUGUGUGAAUUUUCGCACCUUUGUUUUCUCACUUCUACAUGUCUAUACCAUCUUACCUACCCCGCGGAACGUCGGCCACAUGGAUAGCCAUACCUAUAUAACUAGAAGUGUAUGAAUAGUUUUCGUUCUUCCGAGAACAUAUACUAAAAUUGGAACAAUACAGAGAAGAUUAGCAUGGCCCCUGCGCAAGGAUGACACGCAAAUUCGUGAAGCGUUCCAAAUUUUUUUACUUUUUUCAGGCACACCAACUCACCACAAAUUACAAUACUAUUUGUAUUGUUCUUUUCUAUUUUUCUUGAUCUUAUUGGUACUUUUCAUAUAUGUUUGUUGUUUAUCAAAUAUGUCAACUGCUUUUGGACUUCUAGCAAGUCGAGGAUUAGGAAAAGCAAUUCAAGAAUCACCAUUGAUUAAUGAUCCAAUAUCUGCGGUUGUUGUUGGUAUGAUAGCUACCGUAGUUUUACAAUCAGCUACAACGACGACAAAUAUAUUGGUAACAAUGGUGGCAGCCAAUAGUGAGUUUUUUUUUAUCAAGAAGUUUGUACUUAUUUAUUUAUUUGAGCGUUAGAGAGAAAAAGUUUUGAUCUAUAAAGGGAAAAAAUUCAGAAGAUUUAGGAUGAAUUUUUUUGUAUUCAAACAAAUUAUUUUUCUAGUGAUUACGGUGCAUGACGCUAUCCCUGUAAUGAUUGGAAGUGAGCUUGGAAGCUCUUUGGUUAACGCUAUGGUGUCUUUGGCGUAUUCCGGUAAGCCAGAACAAUUCCGCCGCGCAUUUUCUGCUGCGAUUCUCGGUGAUGUUUUCAAUGUGUGCGGGUUAUUUGUGAUAUUUCCUAUGGAAAUGGUUUCUGGUCUCAUUGAACAUGUAAGCUGGUGGAUUGUUGACCCACUGAUUUCUGAACAAGGUUUAAGUUUCAAAACAUUGGAACUUCUAACUGACCCGGUCAAUCAACUGAUAAUACAGGUAAACGCUCAAAAUCAAUUUCAAUCACAUUUUUAUAAUUAGGUUAAUGAGCCGGAACUGUUAAAUGCUACAAUCCGUCCAGAAAUGUUUAUGGCCAACCAUUCUUUCAUCCAAAGAUGUGUUUUCACAAAUGGUUCGAGAAUUUAUAAUUGUAAGUUGGUUUUGCAUUAAAUAUUUGAAUAAAAAAAAUAAAAAUAUCGGUGCCUUAUGCUGGAAUCGAACCAGCGACCUUCUGUUUACUAGACAGACGCUCUGCCACUGAGCCAAUAAGGCGCACAUUUCCCCAUGCCUCAAGGCCAAACAUAGUUUUCUGUUUCUCUCGUUUUUCUGCGAUAGAGAUGAAUAGCAAGUACAUUGUGUGUAGAGAAAUGCUGUGAUUUUUUUUGACAGAUGUGAAAAAUGUAUUUUGAAUUUUUUUUUUGAUAAGUAGGUGUUUUGAAGAAAAAGUGAGGUCUAUUGCACACGAUUUUCUCAUUGCGUCAUCAAUUUUUCACUUGUCUCUGACUUUUUCUCUACUUCAAUUCUAAUUACCAAGUUUUCUCCCAUUCUAUUACCAAGUUUUCUCCCCCAAUAUGAAUUUUGUAUGAAAAAAUAUGAAAAAAAAAUAAUUUUUAAAGCCAGUUUUUGAUUCCAGGUCCAUACCAUCAUUUAUUCUCCUCCACAACAUUAACUGACAAAACCAUUGGCUGGAUAAUCCUAAUCAUUUCAUUAUUCUUCCUUGUCUUCUGCCUUGUUGCUAUCGUUUACCUGAUUCAAAAACUAUUAGAAGGUCACGCUGCAAACUACAUCCGAACACUUCUUUCAAAACAAUGUCCUGGAAUGUGGAAGCCGUGCACUGGAUAUUUAGUUUUAUUAGUGGGGCUUGUAGUGACAAUUUUGGUGAGCUUUCCUUUUUUGUUGAAAAAAAAACAUUGCGAAUUUUCAGAUUCAAUCAAAUAGUAUAUUCGCGUCUUCCUUGACACCAUUGGUGGGAAGUGGUGUUGUGACUUUGGAGCAGAUGUAUCCAUUGGUGCUUGGUAGUAAUAUUGGAACCACUUUUAGUGGUGUGCUUGCUGCAUUUUCUACGGAUCCUUCAAGAUUUGAGAAGUGAGUUAAAAUUCAAAGGUAUGCAUUAAGAGAGAUAAACGUUUAUUCUGAAAAAUUGCAUCCCCUCUUUUCACUUGUAAAGUAACGUUUAACAUUUAAAAUUUUCAGAGCUCUUCACAUGGCAAUGUGCCAAGUGAUCUACAAUAUUAUAGGAACUUGUCUAUUUUAUAUUGUCCCAUGUACCAGAAAAUAUCCUAUCAUUCUUGCUGAAAAGCUAGGAACUCUAACUGAUCGGGUAAGUUCUACCUAACUUUUUCUCUAAAACAAUAUUUUAAUUUUAGUAUCGUUGGUUCAUCGUUGUGUUCAUUAUGUCAUUUUUCAUUGUUAUUCCAUUUACAAUCAUCGGGUUGACACUUUUACCGGAUAAUGUUAUUGUUAUCACAUUUAUUAUAAUAUUAGUCAUAAUAAUGAUUUGUGUUUUUAUCAAUAUUUUACAGGUGAGUGUUUCUUGCCAUCUGUAAAUUGUUUGACAAAAAAAAACAUAAAGAGAUCACAAACAUUUACAGAACAGUUGCAUUGCAUUUUUGCCAAAAACACUCCAAAAUUGGCAAUUUCUCCCAAUCUGGUUACGAUCCCUCAAACCGUAUGAUCCAUACAUGUCUAGUUUUUUCACCAAACUUCCAUAUGUUGGCGGAUUUUUCCGAAAUGGCGAAGCUUAUCACAAAAGAACAAAUACAAAUACGGAUUUAGAAGAUAUGGAUGGAAAAGUUGAAAAACUGGUCAAACUCAGCAAUCAAACACAAGUUUGA